AUGGUGGAAUCCGUUCUCGACGAUAUCUCGCAUCGAAGAUACAACAUCUUGCGUGGUUCCUACGUCCUGGUAUCCCCGCACCGUACAAAGAGGCCAUGGCAGGGUCAACAAGAAUCCCCGUCCAAAACCGCUUUGCCAGUCUACGACCCUGCCUGCUACUUGUGCCCUGGAAACAAGCGGGCGCAAGGUGAUCAGAAUCCGCAAUACAAGAACACGUUUAUAUUCAUAAAUGACUUCAGUGCGGUCAAGGAGGAGCAAGCUGCGUAUCAACCAGAAUCGGACCAUGACGACCUUUCCUCUCUAUUCCUCCAAGCCGAACCUGUCACGGGAAGAUGUUAUGUCCUCACAUUCUCCGCCAGUCACAAUCGCACCCUCGCAGAUCUCUCUCCAGCCGAGAUCAAGCCUAUCAUCGACACCUGGACGGAUCUAUACGUCUCUCACCUAUCGCCAACAUCCCCAUUAGCAGCAGCCGCUUCGCUCACGCCCAUAUCGCCAGAGUCGCCGGUUUCUCAAAUAACGCUACCAAAAAAACAGCUCCGCUACAUGCAGAUAUUUGAAAACAAAGGCUCCACCAUGGGUUGUUCUAAUCCACACCCACACGGACAAGUCUGGGUGCUCAGCUGCCUCCCUGAAGAACUUACGAUAGAACUAGCCCAAUUGCAGAAAUACCGUCAUGAGAAUAAUGGCAGGCACAUGCUGCAGGAUUACGCUACCCUCGAGUCACGAAGGAAGGAGCGCGUGGUAUUCGAGAAUGAGCUGUUUCUCGUCCUUUGUCCAUGGUGGGCGACCUGGCCCUUUGAAACCAUGAUAAUCAGCAAAAAACAUAAGCGCGCCCUUGUCGAUCUGACUACAGUGGAAAAGGGACUACUAGCUGAGUCAAUUGCCGAAAUCACACGGCGGUAUGAUAACUUGUUUGAGACGCAUUUUCCGUACAGCAUGGGUAUCCAUCAAGCGCCGCUAUGCGGUUCUGAAGAGGAAAUCGAGGCAUCCCAUUUGCAUUUACAUUUCUAUCCUCCGUUGUUGAGGAGUGCGUCUGUGAGGAAGUUUUUGGUUGGGUACGAAAUGCUUGCGGAACCCCAACGGGACAUCACGCCUGAGCAAGCAGCUGCUCGACUUCGGGAUUGUGCUGGCGCUUUGUAUCGCGAUACAUUAAACAAUCAACCCCAGUAA